AUGUCUUCCAGGGGUCUUGCGCGGCUGGUCCGGCGCCUCGCGUCGACCGGCGCGCCGUCCCCGAAGGUCGCAUCCGCGAGCCACCUCGGCGCAAUCAAGUGCGACAACCAGGGCAACGCGUGGAAGGUGGAGGUGCAGGUGGGCCGGGGGUCCGGGUUGCUCGGGCACCUCCACCCCAGGGACGCGCCGCUCCUGGAGCGGACGGGUUCGUUCGGCGAUACCCCCGCGACGCUCACGUCGCGACCGGGGAUGCUCAUCGCGAGGUUCCAGCCGUUCAGCGCGGUCAUCGGGGACAGCUGCGCGCUUCUCAUGGACUCCGACCGCGCGUCCUCCAAGGCCGCCGCCGGCGCCAUCGCGGGCGUGAUGAGCAGCAAAAGCGCGGACGACGCGGGCACGCCCCUCACCGACGCGGUCGCCGCCUCCUCCGAGGGCAUCGACCCCAUCGUGCACGCCAGAAUCGCCACCUCCUCCGUCGAGCACAAAACAUCGGCAUCCUCCUCCUCUGCGGACAUCCCGGUGGACGACUUUCCCUUGCGCGCGCUCGAGUGCGUCCUCGACGAGGCCACGGGCUACUAUCAUCAGAAGAUGCGGCGGCUGAAGCUGCUCACCGACUACUGUCUGGAGACCAUCACGGACGAGCUCAAGACGACGAGGAGCGGCGUGGCGGGCGAGGCUGGCUUCCAGAGGCUGCUCCCGCUCCGGCGAGCCAUGACCGAGCUCGAGAACGACAUCAGGGAGGCACACCACGCCAUAUCCGACGCGAUGAGAUCCGACGAGCGCGUCGACGGCUUGCUGCCGCGGUGCUCCAGGGUUGCGUACGCCGGGGACGGGAGGAACAGCCUCAACGCUAACCUCAACGCUAACCUCAACGCUUGCGAAGGCGCUUCCGACGCGGCGACGGCGAACGACGGAAAACGCACGGAAAACGCCUCCGAGGGCGAACUGAGCGAGGCGGAGGUGGUGGCGCGGCGUAAGGCGACCGUGCGUUUGCUGCAGACGCACCUGUGGCGCAUACGCGCGGCCGGGGGUCAGCUGGAGGAGAUGUCGAGACAGGUUGAGGACACGCGGCAGGUUUGGGAACUCUUCCUCGACGGGGUGCGCAACAGGACCGUGCGGCUCAAUCUGCAAGCGACGAUCGCGACGCUCGCGCUGACCGUGACGGCCGUGCCCGCGUCGCUCGCGGGGAUGAACAUACCGAGCGGGUUGGAGCACGCGCAUCCGUUCGUCUUUUGGGGAAUAACCGCGGGCCUCGCGGCGGCGUCGGCGGCUACGUGGGGACGUUUCAUGGGAAUAUACCGCGGGGGAACCGGGCUGUCCAGCGCGCGGGCCGCGGACCUGCGGGCGCUACGAUUCGUGCUGCAGCGCAUGGACGAACUCGACGACGCGAUGCGCGUGCGAGGUGAGGGUGGUAAGGGCGCGGUGAAGACGAGGGAUGACCUCGCGGGGGUGGUGAGGGAAGCCGGUUUGCACUCGGGCCUCGACGGCGUCAACGUCGCGGCGCUGGAUCCCGCGGCGCUCGAGCUGCUGUUCAAGGUGUUCGACAGGGACGGGGACGGGCGGAUCAACCCGAGCGAGGAGUGGGUGAUCCGGCCGUGGCCGUUGAGGGACGAGAACCGGCGCGGGGACGACGUCAUGGGGACCUAG